CUCUGCGCGUCCUCAUGUCUUUACCUUCAAACAGUGACAGAUGGAAAGGCAUUACAACUAAUCGAGGGCAGAUCAGAGUUUUUUCAUGAGGCUGUUUUAGAAAACCCUGCACUUUUCUCUCAAUCUUUCUGGUAUUUGGGGAUUUGCGACGUUGAUGUGGCAUAUCGGUACCUUACGAGCGACCGCUCUGCUCAAAGACCAGGGUUAUUUGUGAUCUUUUCACCUCUCUGUUUGAAUCCGGAUCCGAACGAUUAUCGUCCCUUUUUGCUAAUGUUUCUAUGUAAAAAGACGGGAAAAACUAAAGAAAUUUUGAAAGCUGAGCGAGCAGGUAAAUUACUUUUAGUUACAGAUGUGACGAAAUUCCUUAUAACACUUACACCAUUGCAGAUGCUGACUAUCACGAGAUCCCUUCUUGGACACUACGAACUUUUUGGCAAUAGAUAUCACACCUUGUACGAUUUAGUGUACCAUCUUUCGCAAACGGACUCUGAAUUACCUCACAGACUGAUAUAUGAGACCCUUUCCACGGUCAGUCUGCGCACUUUCGAAAGAUGUGCAAUGGGCUGCUCGACAAUUCGAUCAGGUCGGUUUGUUUACGACGGUUGCGUACUGAUCUAG